AUGCAACCACAGGAAACCCAUGAAAACCAUAUCAAAACGAGAAAAGCAAAACUUCGACGCCAACAAGAAACACGGAAGUCUUUACAAAGAAAACAAUAUAUUUGAAUGGGUAAGGAUAUUCGGUGACAGAUUUCUGGUCUUUCGAUUGCACGAGAGGUACGUUUUGGCUCUCAAAUCUUUUAAAAGAGAAGAGUCCCGCGUUUUAUUUUGUUAUGACCGGGAUUAACCAGACGUUGCAUUCGCUAUUUUUGGACGCAGCUGAGAAAUGUCCGGACAACAUCGCUCUCACCUACUGCACUAGGGACAAUAUAGAACACAAAACAUACAGACAGCUAGUUGAGGAUGCUGAUAAAGUAACUUCAAGUCUAAUAAAGGUUGUCCAGCACAGUAAGAAUGGAGUGAUUGGUAUAUUUUCCAGGCAAAGUCCAGGUCUAUUGGAAUGCCUAAUUGGUGUUCUGCAAAUGCCGGCAGCGUUUGCACCUAUCGGAACUAGCUGGCCUUCGGCAAUGAUAUGUGAGUUUCUUUCUAAUGUGGGAAUUGAUACAAUCCUAGUAGAAGCAAGCCUUCUAUUGCAAUUUAAAGAGACUCUUCAGAAGUAUGAUGGCAACUCAAGUGAAAAUCAUCCAAAGCCAUUUAGGAUUAUCAAUGAUCAAGCCCUCUCAAGUAUUGGAUUUACACUGGUAAAGCUCCAAGACAUAAAGCAAGAACUGCCAAAGUUGAGUUUGGCUUUUGUAAUUCAAACAUCUGGAACAACAGGAAAACCGACAACCGUCAUGGUGCCACACCAGUGCAUAGUCCCCAACAUUAUCAGCCUGUCUCAGAUAUUUGCCGUCACACCUGAAGACUCAGUGAUAGUGGUAUCCCCAUAUACCUUCGACCCAUUUGUUGUCCAGGUAUUUCUGGCACUUGAGGCAGGGGCCAGGGCAGUUCUUUUACAUGAAACGGAUAGGAUCUUACCAUCAAGACUGUGUUCAGUAAUCAAGAGCCAGAAUAUCACAAUCCUUCAGCCAACACCAUCCCUCAUGAAUUACAUCGGUCUUGAUUUGAUAAGGACCAGCCUGCUUGCCCAUGAUUCACCAUUAAGGGUGCUGGCGCUGGGGGGUGAGCCGUUUCCAUCGACAAGUGUCCUGUUUCAGUGGAAACACCCUGACUGCACAACUAAAAUAUUCAACCUCUACGGGAUUACUGAAGUCUCAAGCUGGGCAACAUGCCAGAAAAUCGUGAUUUGUUCAAAAGGUGCACAGCAGGUGUCAAAGGAUGGAGUGCAUCUUUCUGUUGACGAAAGGAUUCCAAUCGGGGAGCCUCUUCAAGAUACACUAGUUGAUAUAAGAGAUGAGGAAGGGAAGAAGAUUUCUCAUGGCAUAGGGCAGAUGUAUAUUGGCGGACAUAAUCGUAUUUGUUUUCUUAACAAUGAGAUGGAUGUUUCACCAGGAACAAUGCGCGCAUCUGGAGACUGGGCACUGAUCAAUAAUGAUCAAAUAUGGUUCCUUGGCCGGAAAGACCGACAAAUAAAGCGAUUGGGUCAAAGGACCAACCUACUAUGGAUAGAGCAAGCACUAGCUAGAGUUUUGCCAAGGCAUACAUUUGUUGCUGUUGUUGUAAAAAGUAAAGUUAGCUCUGAACAGCAAAUGUUUCAACUACCAAAGAUGGACCGUCUUCACCUGUUUGUAACAUCAAGUGAUGACUCAUCUUCAUGGGAUUUGUCUUUUCGAGUUCGGUCUAUAAUCAAAGAUGUCCUUCCAGUUCACGCCCACCCUGAUCACAUCCAUAUCGUAUCAGACUUACCUCUGACUUCUCACGGUAAAGUUGACAUGGAGACUUUACUAGAGGGCAUCAGGUCUUAUCAACAUGUGGAGACGAGUUCUAGAGGACACAUCAAUAAGAUGUGGCUAGAGGCGACAGGGUUUGGCAACAAUACUGGCAAAUAUGCGCCUAGUUCUGAGAAAGACCGCAAGGACGAUCUUAAGAAGUCAAGAAGAGAACGAAUUACUGAAGGUGAUGAAGACUAUGACUUGGACACCAGCUCAUCAUCCCGUCUUACUCUUGUUGAGGCAGGCAGUAUGUUUUUAGCAAGUGGGGGGAAUUCAUUGCAAGCUGUCAAACUAGCGGAAAGUAUAACAUGGUGGUUGCAAAAGAACAAAAGCGGCAAGUGUUUAGAACUUGACGAUUUGUUGGAUGUUAUCUUGAACAAGCCGUUUGGUGAACUUUGUCGGUAUGUCGAGCAAAAAUGUUCAGUUUUGCAUACUGAUGAUGAGCGAUUGGACAAGGGAGCACACGUGAUAUCAGAAUGGAAUGGGAACAGUGGCGUAAGUACAAUCAAGGUUGGGAAACUGUCAAGCGGGGAAGAUUGUCAUCGUCUGCCAGGAAGUGGUGCCCAAUUUUCUGUAGGGGAAUCCAUAACAGAUCCUUCAGGGAAACGAAGCUGUUUGCGUAAGCAAGGUUUUAAUGUGAAGAGAAUAAAGCAUGGAGCCACUUCAUCAGUGACUGAUGUAUUUGAGCCAAAGGGUGUUUGCUGCUGUUCUGUACGUAGGGGUGUGCAGAUCACAAUUUGUAAGCUCUGUGCGGGGUCAUCCUCUUCGCAGCCUAUAAGUCACAGUGACUGUGUUAGCUACUCUGGAAGACGUCUUGGUAACAGGACUGUACAGCUAUCCAAAAAGUGGCGCGCAAAUCUUUACAAGUGUACUGACGCAUCUCCCCUUGUGGUCGGCUGUAGGGUAGCGGAUCUAGAUUCUACUGAGAAGGGUUCGGGCGAAGCGGCUCUCUUCCACGUGGAGUCUGGGCUUGUAUACGUUGGCUCCCACGCGCACGUGUUCAAAGCUAUGCGGCUAUCAGACGGUGAAGUUAUGUGGGAAACUGAAGUCGGCGAUAGAAUCGAGUCUUCGGCAGUGUUAUCGAGAUGCGGGACAUGCAUUAUUUUUGGUUGUUAUGACGGGAAGAUUUACAUCAUCAAUCGCUUCUCAGGAGUCAUCGGGUGGACCUAUCAGACACACGCCCCAGUAAAAAGCUCCCCUUGCGUCGACCCUACUACGGGUCUUGUCUGGGUUGGGUCACAUGACCACCACCUGUACGCUCUAGAUAUAACAAAUCGUGUAAGCGCAUGCGCAAUUGACUGUGGUGGCUCAUGCUUUAGCUCGCCGCGUCUGAAUCCCACAUGGGAGAGACUUUUCGCUGCCACACUAUCUGGAGUUUUACUUUGCAUAAAUACUAGCGACAUGAUGAUAGACUGGAGUACUAAGUGCCCAAAGCCUGUUUUUGCUUCUCCUCUUGUGACUGAUGUCGGCGUAGUGUGCGGGUGUGUCGACGGUUAUUUGUACGCGUUUGAUCUAAGCGGAGCUCCUCUAUGGAGUCUUGCGACCUCUGGGCCAAUAUUUAGUUCCCCUGUACUCGCUAGGAGGAGGUCACUUUGCCAGGAAGCCAUUGUAUUUGGGUGUCACGACUCGCAUGUCUAUUGCGUUUCUACGCGCGGGGAGCUGGAAUGGUCCUUUAAGGCUGAUUCUCCCAUAUACUCUACGCCUUUUAUCGUGCCUUUUAAUAACAUCGUUCAAUUGAGAGAGCAGUCCUUUACACCCAAUGAUAUUAGCAAGGUAGUUGGCGUAAAGGUGAGACAAGCAGAGCAUUCCUUCUCACCCAAUGAUAUAAGUGAUGUAGAUGGCAAUGUUGAAUGCCCCGCCUUUGUACAUCUCAAUAGUACUUGUAAUGAGUCUGUAAGCGAGAACUUUAUCUCCACCAAAAGAGACACCUUGGAGGAUGAGCUAGUGCUAGUUGCAUCUACUCGCGGGACUGUGUACAUGUUAACCCUUGACACGGGGUGCUUGCUUGGCUCAAUGGCGCUUCCGGGGGAAGUGUUUUCAUCACCUGUUAUUGGAAGGGGUGCGAUAUUGAUUGGCUGCAGGGAUAACUAUUUGUACUCCCUCAAGGUUGAGUCGAUAUGACUCCAAAGCUAACGAAAACAUGAACGUCCUUGGAUGAUGCAUAUCUUAAUUAUGUUUCAUGGGGGUAGAUCUUUUUAUUGCGGUGUGUUGGUGGAGGUGCAUCGUCGGAUCACUCAUGUGUAAACUUCCGGUGUGUAAACUUCCGGUUAACUUUUGUUGGAUGGUCCAUCGAUCAUCCGUAAACUUUUUGUGGUCUUUCUGUGCUCUUGCAACACAGCAAUCCUUAGAUCAUAUAAACUUCCAGUGUUCAACUUCCGGUUAAAGCCUAGUACUGUAAAAGGGCUUCGUCAUAGAACUGUGGUCCUCUACGGUCGCUGCCUAGUAUGACUGUAAAGUAUAUACUAGAAGUUUCUAAUAGAAAGUGAAUGCUCGGGGGACGGGACGAACAUGUUUCAGUACAGGGGUUCUCGAAAAAGACCGCUGGUCAGCAUGAAACCAAAAUACAAAUCAGCCGACUGGGAAGCCUGUGGUGUGGACACGAAAAGCUGCAUCCACUAUAUGAAACUCGCGCAUGCGUUAAAAAGACCGCUGAUCCGCAUGAAAUAAAAACACAAAUAAGCCGACUGGGAAGCCUGUGGUUUGGACACAAAAAAUUGCAUCCACUAUAUGAAACUCGCGCAUGCGCUAAAAAGACCACUGAUCAGAAUACAAUCAAAAUACAAAUCAGCCGACUGGGAAACCUGUGGUGUGGACACGAAAAAUCGCAUCCACUAUAUGAAACUCGCGCAUGCGCCAAAAAGACUGCUUAGAAAUUGUCUAGAAUAAAUUUUCUCCUCUACGAUGAUAUUUUUGGAGAUAUAGGGGUUAUUUGCCCAAAAGACUUAGCAGUUUUAUUAUUUCACAUAUCAUUAACCUCAUUGAGACUAAUCAUUCGAUACCAAUUAUGGCAGUUACUGUUGCUAUGGUAACCAAGCCACACCCAAAAUACAUGAUUUUAAUGCUCUUACGGUAACAGCUCUAGCUCUGAAACUAUAAUUGGAACACAAACCAAACUAAGGAUAUUCAUUGCUAAUACCUCAAACUAUGUAAUGAACCUAAAAUUGCUAUAUAGUUGACAUAAAUGGAAAAUUAUCAAGUAAACAAACAAAAAGCUUAUAAUUUUAACCAGCAUUCUUUGGUAAAAAGCCUUCAUAUUACUAAGCAUUGUAAAAAUUUCAAGGUUUUUGAGGUUCAUUACACUACUACAAUAUCAAUAAUUAUUCCUGCCAAAUUUCAUGCAAUAAUAUUAAAAACACAGGAACUA